AUGAUACCAAAACGCUCUUACUCUACUAGUUCUGUUUUUAAUACCUUAUCUGAGGUUAGUAAUAUUGAUAACAAUGAAUCAAUUGAGUUUGAUUCUCUUGAACAAGCAUGUGAACGGAUUAAAUUCAAAUACUUAGGAGUUUCAGGUGUUUAUAAACUAACAUCUAAAAAUGACCCUUGUCGUUUUUAUAUAGGUAGUUCUAUUAACUUAGCUAGAAGAAUGGAGGAGUAUAAUAAAUUAACUAAAGGUUUACGUAAUCCUCAUUCAGCUUCUGAACUGGAAAUAUCCAAAAUUUCAGCUUUAGAUUGAAGUUUAAAGUUUAUAUAUAUUACUACUCCUCAAACUUCCCUAGUUUUUGAACAAUAUGCUAUUAUUAAACAUAAACCAACUAUUAAUAGUCACUAUAAAGUUAUUCCAAGGGUAAACCCUCAAUGAGGUAAUUUAGAUAAUGCUAUUUUAACCACUGAAAAGUUAUUAUUAUUAUUCUCUAAAGGUUCUGAAGGUUAUAAUAGAUUAGUUGUCUUUCUUCAAACAUUUAAAACAGCUAAUCAUUUAGAAUACACAUCUGAAGACACAGAUAAUAAAUAUUAUUGUUUUUUAGUUUUUGCGUAUCUUGUUAAUUCACCAGAUAAAGAUCCUAUCAUUUAUUCUUCAAUAAACAGGGCUUUGAAAGGAUUACAAAUAAGUCAUAGUGCGCUAUUAAAUCAUAUUAACAAUAAAUACCUUUAUAAUUCAAGUCUUAUAUUAUCUUUUGAACCUUUACUUGUAGAUAAUUUUUUUGAAUAUCAAGAAAAACCUGCAGGAGACAAUCAACUUAGAAAACACAUUGUUGUUUAUAAUCAAAACAAUGAGAUAAUAAUAGAAUUUAAAUCUGGUAGAGAAAUGGCUAAUUAUUUCAAAAUCGAUGGUAAAGUAGCAAGAGCUGCCAUAGCCCAAGGUGAGUACCAAGACUUUUUACUAAUAUCCAGAGAAGUGUCCAACCGUAAAACCAUUUAUGUAUUUGAUAAUAAUUCACAUGAAUUAAUAAAUGAAUUAAAAAGUAUAACUAAAGCUUUGAAAUAUGCUAAAGUUAAUUAUUAUACAUUAAAAGGUUUGAUCGAGAGUGGAAAUUCUUAUGAUGGUAAAAUAUACAGUUAUAAAGAUAAAUUAUAG